UUGGCAUCGCGGACAAGAAUGACAACCCGCCGUACUUCGACAAGGCGCUGUACGAGGCAGAGGUGGACGAGAACGAGGACAUCCAGCACACCGUGCUCACCGUCACCGCCAAGGACCACGACGAGUCGUCCCGUAUUCGAUAUGAGAUUACGAGCGGGAACAUAGGCGGCUCGUUCGCGGUGAAGAACAUGACGGGUGCCAUCUACGUGGCGGGCCCGCUGGACUACGAGACCAGGAAGCGGUAUGAGCUGCGCCUGGCUGCCUCGGACAACCUCAAGGAGAAUUACACGACGGUGGUGAUCCACGUCAAGGACGUCAACGACAAUCCGCCGGCCUUCGAGAGGCCGACCUACCGCACGCAGAUCACCGAGGAGGACGACCGCAACCUCCCAAAGCGCGUGCUGCAGGUCACAGCAACUGAUGGUGAUAAAGAUCGACCACAGAAUAUUGUCUACUUCUUGACAGGUCAAGGAAUUGAUCCUGACAAUCCAGCCAACAGCAAAUUUGAUAUAAAUAGGACAACAGGAGAAAUCUUUGUUCUUAAGCCAUUGGACAGGGACCAGCCAAAUGGCCGUCCUCAGUGGAGGUUUACAGUUUUUGCUCAAGAUGAAGGUGGAGAAGGUCUUGUUGGUUAUGCUGAUGUACAAGUAAAUCUAAAAGAUAUCAAUGAUAAUGCACCAGUUUUCCCCCAAGGGAUAUAUUUUGGAAAUGUCACAGAGAAUGGGACUGCUGGAAUGGUUGUUAUGACUAUGACAGCAGUAGACUAUGAUGAUCCGAGUGAAGGCACAAAUGCAAGACUUAUCUAUUCUAUUGAAAAGAAUGUCAUAGAAGAAGAGACUGGCUCACCAAUAUUUGAAAUUGAAUCAGAAACAGGUGUAAUUAAGACAGCUGUGUGUUGUCUUGACCGUGAACGCACACCAGAUUAUUCAAUACAGGUUGUUGCCAUGGAUGGUGGAGGGCUUAAAGGAACUGGAACAGCUUCUAUAAGAGUAAAAGAUAUUAAUGAUAUGCCACCUCAGUUUACAAAGGAUGAAUGGUUUACUGAAGUUGAUGAAACAGAUGGAACAAACUUGCCUGAUACUCCCAUAUUAACUGUAACUGUUCAUGAUGAAGAUGAGACAAAUAAAUUCCAGUAUAAAGUUAUCGAAAACAGUGGUUAUGGUGCUGAUAAGUUCACUAUGGUAAGAAACAAUGAUGGAACAGGAUCACUAAAGAUAGUCCAACCAUUGGAUUAUGAAGAUCAGCUUCAGAGUAAUGGAUUCCGUUUCCGGAUACAAGUCAAUGAUAAGGGAGAAGACAAUGAUAAUGAUAAGUACCAUGUGGCAUACUCUUGGGUCGUUGUAAAACUGAGGGACAUCAAUGACAAUAAGCCACAAUUUGAGCGUCCAAACAUUGAAGUGUCUGUAUUUGAAAGUGCUGAAUUGGGGAAAACCCUUGAAACCUUUAAGGCCAGUGAUCCAGAUCAAGGAGGCAAAAGUAAAGUAAAAUAUGCCAUUGAUCGGACAUCAGACAGAAAGCGACAGUUUUCUAUUAAUCAAGAGGGCACUGUAUCUAUUCAGAGGAAGCUUGACAGAGAAGAGACACCGAGGCAUCAGGUAAAAGUCUUAGCUAUUGAUGACGGAGUGCCACCGAAAACAGCAACAGCUACACUCACUGUUAUAGUUCAAGACAUAAAUGACAAUGCUCCCACAUUCUUGAAGGAUUAUAGACCUGUAUUACCUGAGCAUGUACCGCCUCGGAAGGUAGUAGAAAUACUUGCAACAGAUGAUGAUGACAGAUCAAAAAGCAAUGGACCACCAUUCACAUUCAGGAUGGACCCCAAUGCAGAUGAUGUUAUACGUGCAUCAUUCAAAGUUGAACAUGAUCAAAAGGGUGCUAAUGGAGAUGGAAUGGCAGUUGUUUCGUCACUCCGAUCAUUUGACCGAGAACAGCAGAAGGAGUACUUGAUUCCCAUUGUUAUAAAGGAUGCUGGUAAUCCUGCAAUGUCUGGCACUAGCACACUCACUGUAGUCAUUGGUGAUGUCAAUGACAACAAAAUGCAACCUGGUUCAAAGGAAAUAUUUGUCUACAAUUACAUGGGGCAGGCUCCGGACACAGAAAUUGGACGUGUUUAUGUUUAUGAUCUGGAUGAUUGGGAUUUGCCAGACAAGAAGUUUUACUGGGAAGGAAUAGAUCAUCCCAGAUUUAAACUGAAUGAAGAUUCAGGCAUGAUAAUCAUGAGACAUGGCACACAGGAUGGCAGGUAUAAUUUGAGGUUCAAGGUGUAUGACCGUAAACACACUCAGACUGAUGUACAAGCAAACGUAACAGUCAUUGUCAGAGAGAUUCCUCAUGAUGCUGUUAUUAACUCUGGCUCUAUAAGAAUAGCUGGUAUUACAGAUGAAGAUUUCAUUAGAGUGUGGAACUACAGGACACAAAGUCUUCAGAGGAGCAAAGCUGAUCGAUUCAGAGACAAACUAGCCGAAUUGCUCGAUACAGAAAGGGAGAAUGUUGAUGUUUUUAGUGUACAGUUACGAAAAAAGCAUCCACCUGUCACAGAUAUUAGAUUUGCAGCCCAUGGCUCCCCAUACUACAAACCUGUGAGACUGAAUGGACUUGUGCUUAUGCACAGAGAGGAGAUUGAAAAAGAUGUUGGUAUAAAUAUAACUAUGGUAGGAAUUGAUGAGUGCCUUUAUGAAAAUGUGAUGUGUGAAGGAAGUUGUACAAAUAUACUAGACAUUAGUAAUUUACCAUACAUGGUUAAUGCGAACAAGACUGCACUGGUAGGAGUGCGUGUUGAUGUCAUAGCAGAAUGUACUUGUGGUGCACGUAAUUUCAGUAAAGGAGAGAGCUGUAGAUUGAGUCCAUGUUAUAAUGGAGGACGUUGUAUGGAGGGCAGAUUUGGACUGAGUUGCUCAUGUCCAACUGGUUAUAGUGGUCCAAGGUGUCAGCAGACAGGUCGUAGUUUCAGAGGAAAUGGAUGGGCAUGGUAUCCUCCUCUGGAAAUGUGUGAUAGUUCUCAUCUCAGCCUUGAGUUUAUAACUAAAAAGAAAGAUGGAAUGCUGCUUUAUAAUGGACCUAUUGUGCCUCCAGAGUCUAAUGAAAUUAUUGUGUCAGAUUUUAUUUCCUUAGAGCUUGAAAGUGGAAUGCCUAAGCUUUUAAUUGAUUUUGGGUCAGGCACUCUGGAACUACGUGUGAAAACAAAAAAGAGUUUAGAUGAUGGAGAAUGGCACAGAGUUGAUAUAUUUUGGGAUACUGAGAGUGUUCGCAUGGUAAUAGAUUACUGCAAAUCUGCUGAUGUAGUUGAACUGGAAGAUGGAACUCCACCAGAUUUUGAUGAUUCAAGCUGUCAGGCACAUGGUACCAUUCCACCAUUUAACGAAUACCUGAAUGUGAAUGCGCCAUUGCAACUUGGGGGUUGGUUUGUGGAAGCUAUUAACCCAGAAUUGUACCACUGGCAUGCAGCACCAUCCGGAAAAGGUUUUGAUGGUUGUAUUAAAAAUGUCUUCCACAACAGCAAGCUUUAUGACCUUGCUCAUCCUGGCCAUCAUCGCAACAGUGUAGCUGGUUGCCCUCAGACAGAGGAAAUAUGCAACACACAGGACUCUACCAUUCGCUGUUGGGAACAUGGUACUUGUGUAGGUAGUUUCUCAGAGGGGCGUUGCGAGUGCAAACCUGGAUGGACAGGUCCCAGCUGUACUUUGCCUACUGUGCCCACUAUGUUCAAGACACAGAGCUAUGUCAAGUAUGCUUUGUCCUUUGAGCCCGAUCGCUUCUCUACUCAGAUGCAGCUUAGGUUUCGCACAAGAGAGCAACAUGGUGAACUAUUCCGUGUCAGUGACCAGCACAAUCGGGAAUAUGGAAUUCUUGAGAUUAAAGAUAGCAGAUUACAUUUCCGCUAUAAUCUUAAUAGUCUUCGUACUGAGGAGAAAGAUCUCUGGUUAAGUGCAGUUGCAGUGGAUGAUGGACAAUGGCAUACAGCUAAGGUUUCACGACAUGGUUCAGCUGCAACUUUGGAACUCGAUGGUGGCGAAGGCCGUAGAUACAACGAAACCUUCACCUUUGAGGGACACCAGCUUUUACUGGUAGAUAAGCAGGAAGGUGUUUACGCUGGAGGAAAAGCAGAAUAUACAGGAGUUCGAACAUUUGAAGUUUAUGCUGAUUACCAGAAAGGCUGCCUGGAUGACAUCAGACUGGAAGGGAAGCAUCUGCCUCUGCCUCCUGCAAUGAACGGGACUCAAUGGGGACAGGCAACAAUGGCUAGAAACUUAGAGCGUAACUGCCCUUCUAAUAAACCAUGUGCUAAUGUCAUCUGUCCUGAUCCAUUUGAGUGUGUUGAUCUGUGGAAUGAAUAUGAAUGCACCUGUGGUGAAGGCAAGGUAGUGUCUGCUGACCAAAAGGGGUGUGAGGAUAAAAACGAAUGCCUGGACAGACCAUGUCAAAAUGGUGGCACAUGCAUCAAUGAAGAGCCAAAACUUCGUUAUCAGUGCUUGUGUCCCGAGGGAUACUGGGGGGAAAAUUGCGAAUUGGUGCAGGAAGGGCGAACUUUGAAACUUAGUAUGGGGGCACUUGCAGCCAUCUUGGUCUGUCUGCUCAUCAUCCUUAUAUUGGUCCUAGUCUUUGUAGUAUACAACAGACGCCGUGAAGCCCACAUAAAGUAUCCAGGACCAGACGAUGAUGUCCGUGAAAAUAUUAUUAAUUAUGAUGAUGAGGGUGGUGGAGAAGAUGACAUGACAGCUUUUGACAUCACACCCCUGCAGAUCCCUAUUGGAGGGCCAAUACCUGAGAUGACUGGAAAGAUGCCAUAUUCACAUUUUCCAGUGCCUCCUUUGGGGUCUGAGCCAAAUGUCGGUGUCUUUAUUGAAGAACACAAGAAGCGUGCUGAUGCAGAUCCUAAUGCUCCUCCAUUUGAUGACUUGAGGAACUAUGCAUAUGAGGGAGGCGGUAGUACGGCAGGCUCUUUAUCAUCUUUAGCAUCUGGCACUGAUGACAAUGAGCAGGACUUUGAUUAUUUGGGUACAUGGGGUCCACGGUUUGACAAACUGGCUGAUAUGUAUGGACAAGAAGGUGAAGAAAGUGAAGAAGAACAGUAAAGGGAAGCUACAGUCCUCCACCAGUCAUUUUUAGCAGAGUCUGUUAGAUAUUUACUGCAGUGCAGGUGGUUUGAACACCUCAUUUUGAGGUGAGUCGAAACAGAAGCAUUUAUCAUGUGCUGUAGACAAGAACUGUGUUGGCACUAAUCUGAUCUCGUUGGUAGGGAGAAUCUGAAGCCCUAGUCUAUCCCUGGCACUCUAUUCCUUUUACAUGGACCUGCCCUGUGCCAGAUAUUUACCUCAACUCAGGAUUUGCAGAUUAACUCACACUGUUAUAGUAUCUUAUAUGAAGCAAAGAAUUUGUUCAUGUAGAGGUAAGCUUCCUCUUACUGAACAACAUGGACUGUCUAAUUCCUGUUCCUCAUAGGUCACUAUCCCAGAAACUGGCCUAAAAAUUCAUACUUUUGAUAUAAGAAGAAGAAAAAGAUGAAGUCAAUUACUUCGGGCAUAUAGAAGAACUGAUUUCAGGGGGAUAAAGUUUCAGUCUCAAAGUUCGUGAUGCAGGCCACAGGCCUUUUUCUUGGUAGUAUACCUAUGAUGCUCCUAGGCCUUUUUAAGUGAGAUUAUGUGAAAGUAAUUUUAAGACAAAUAAGACUGUAAAGGCCCACAAUCAACGUGAGUCUCACUAUGCUGUGUUCUUGAGUAUAGGAUGAGCACGAUGCCAGUAUUUAUAAACAAGUGUACAUGUAUUGUUCUCUUAAUGUGAAUCAAUUGUAACUGUGAAUGUUUUGUACAUAGUUGUCAUAGAGUAGAGAUGAGUUAUGUAACUGUGAAAAAGUUUGUCCUGUACUGUAGAUUAUGAACUGUAAAUAGGUUGUCAUUGUGUUGUAAUGUUUAAAGUACAGUAUACUAAGCCAAGGAUUAGUAAUUUAUUUCAUGUUUACAUUGUAAUAUUAUGGGCUCAACUUGAAAGAAGGCUACUGUGCUCAUCUUUCCUCCAAGGCCACAGUUUCUGUGACAUUUCUGUAUGUGUAUGAUUUGUAUUUGUUCCUGUUCAUAUGAGCGUGGAUGUUUGAGAGUGUGUGUCAGUUAAAAAAAGUCGCAAGUGGCUGUUGAGCGUUGUGCCAUUCCUCAAGUAAGAAAGGACUGGAUAAUUGAGUGUAGUAUGAAAGAUAUAUAUAGUUUGAUUGUCAGCAUACUAGCUGGAAAUAAAUCAAAAAGGUAGCUUGGAGAAUGUAUUUAUUAUUCUUUUACCCUUCUUCUUUUGGCAUGAAAUUAUGUCAAUUAUGAGAAUGUGUAGUGUAAACUCACAGAAAAAUCACAUUAAUGUUUUGCACUUGUGUAUCAAUUUGUAGUGUUAGUCAUAUUUUAAUACAUGUACAAUGUAAAAUACUUUGGUCUUCAUUCAAAAUGUAUAAUUCUGUGCAUCAUCAUACUUACGUUGCGAAGGUGUGAUUGUUUGAGUAAAGUGUGUAACUUAUUUGUGUGUUCAAGACCUUAGUAAGGAGAUUUAUUUGUACUUUAGUUAAUUAAUUGUUCUAGUAUAUUUUAAGCUCUGUAGCCAAAGUAAUCAUUUCAGUUUUGUAUUUCUUUUUGUGAGUCAUGCCAUCCUGAUAAUUGUUUGUGUGUUUUUUUUUUAUUUUUUUAUUACUGUAUCAGAUUUUGUCAUAUUGAAUAAUUAAUUGCACCAGUUCAUAAAAUGGUAAUUUUUUUUCUUUUUUCAUUUCUGCUAUUGAAGUAGUACUCUUAUGUAACUGCAAGCAGUAAACUGCCUCAUACAUUCAGUGUAGCAGCUGAACAAAAUGAAUGGUAAAAUCUGUAUGUGAUAAAUAUUGUGACUGUGCUGUUGAUGAGUUCAUCAACGGAAAGUGGCCACAGGACAGUUCUCCUGUUGGAGAUCUGGUACAUGUUUUCAAUUUCUUAUACUAAACAGGACUGACAGUUUUUUAAGAGUUAAUUUUUCUAUCUUUAUGGUGAUGAAUGGGAUACUUUGUACAUGUUAAAGAUAAUGCUCAAAAACAAAAGCUCUCCAGUACUCUGUAACUUAUGUUGCAAACUCUAAUGGGGUAAACUUUUUUUGUUCAGAAUAGUGGUGUAAUAAUAAUUUGUACAUGUAGUAUCUGAAUAUUUCUAUUGUCUUGCAUUGUUGCUUCUACAAUCGUUUUUUUUUUUUUAUUUUGUCAACUUUUUACUGAUAUCGCUUUUGUUUAUAAGAUUGCAAGAAAUUAACAUAUACAGCUUCAGUAAGCACAAAAUUGGGAAAAUUAUAUUAAAAAAGCAUUUGGGAUUAUUGACCAUAUGUUAAUUAAAUAUAAUUUCACAUAAUAAAUAAAAAUCCAGUAACUGAAACAGGCAAUCAGUUGUCUGAGGCAAUUAGUAAUAAGAGAAUAUGUAACUGAAAACCCUGAUAUCUAGAUAUUGUGUCAGGCUGUGACAAUUGGCUCAAAUUUCUAGAGAAGUUACAUCAGUAUUAGUGCUAAUGAAAGCCUUCUGCAUGGCAUGGUGUGUAAAAUAAUGUGUGAGAAAGCAAGUAACUGUGGUUCAUUUUCAUGACGAUAUAAUGUAAAACUGCAGUUAAAGGCAUGUAAUCUAAAAGCUCAAAUUGUCACUGCCAUUACAGAAUUUAAUGAACAUUUCUACCACUUUGAUUCAAAACACAGUGUAAAGAUCGAAAUGAAAAAGAAGUACAUCUAUGUAAAUUUUUGGGCAUAGUUCAGCAUGAGAUAUUCAGAUAUUUUUUAAUCACUGAGAGAAGUAAGGAGGCAGUACUCUGCCUACAUAGUGACAAGAAAAGGAGAUUUUGUACAAUUUUGAACUAAUAGGGAAGCCACAUUACACUCCUCAUUAUCACCAUUAUCACAUCAGACAUUAUGAUUGUUUCUUACAUGAACCAUGAUACACUGACUGUGGGUUAAUUAAAAACCACUAAAUUCUGUCUUUAAUGACUUUUGAGACAUACUUGUUGUUUUAUUUUUAUUAUAUUUAUAUAACUGUAAAAUGUGUUUCUGUAGUGCAUAUUGAAAAAAUGAUAGAUUUGUGACUAAUGUGAACUCAGAGGUUGUGGUAGCUUGCUGAUAGUUUUCUGAAAAUAUUUUAUUUAUGGACAUACAUUUUUGCAUAUUGUUUAAAUAUUAAUAUUGAAAAUCAGCAGUUGGACCAAAAAUGACACUCAUCCUCUAAAACUAGCACCGGAGAGUUGGAAAAAGUUUUUUUGUAUCUGAAGUCAUUGAAACUUUAAUUGUAUUCCAAAGCAUAAAUUGCAAUGUGUGAAACUGAAAAUUAACCCAGAGAAGUGGUUCAGUGUGCGGUUACAGUAUUUGUACCUUCAUCUACAUUGUUAUGUAUUGGAUGUGCAUGAUAUUUUUUGAAUUUCAUUUCUAGAACUGUAUGCUGUAAUUUCAUUAUGUGAGCAAGGUGCAAGCCAACAUGACAGAACCUUAAUCCCUGAGCUUGCUAUGUUAAUUGUGUAAUUUUUCAUUGCCAACUGAAAUCUUGGAAUAAUAAAGUGUAAUUUAUAA